CUCCAUUAUGUCACAAUACUGAAGCCGUGAUUACAAAAGUAGUUCAAUAUCAGCCUCCGACUUAUUUGCUGUAAAUCUGUCCAGAAACGCUGAAGAUUUAAAAAGUGCUCUAUUGUAUCUUAAAGACGCGCAGAGAUCAUGUUUGAAUGUUUCCGUUUGCAGAUGGAAAUCUCCGGGGGAUGUGAGCAAAACACAAACAGCCAAUUGUAAGAGCUAAGAGCCCGGGCAGUUUAGUGAAAGCGCCACGUUACCAUGAAACAAGAUGGGGACCAUCAAAGAUCUCGAUAGUUUGCAGUUCUCAGUAUCAGUUGAGAUGGAGAAUAAGCGUUCUCCAGAGGCUGGCGUUAUCGCUGCCUUCUGUAACAACCAAGACGAGAAAGAUGGAAAAGCUGCAGGACAUUCCAACUGCCAGGCUCUUUGUUCCAGCACUUGUACAGCCAAUAACCUGAACAGUCUAAGAAACAGCCAUCUGGUGGAGAUCAACGUUAAUGUGCCUCAAAGUGCCAACGCAGAAAUGGGCAAGUACUGUAAAACCCCAGGGGAAGAUUUAGAUUUAAGCCAGGGAAUGGGACAGGAAGAGCCCGGUGGUACUUUCGGUAACAGCACUGACGACAUUAACCCAACGAUAUGUCUAAAUAUAAAAGAAAGCACAAGGUUGAACAAUGACAGUUCAGAACCCAACCCUGACAUCGCCUUAACAGGAUGUGACCCAGAGAGCAAGGGAAUGGAAACAUCCAGUUGUACUAACCCUCAGCAGUCUCUUAACCUAAUGGAGACAACAGAACCUACAAACAUUGAAUCAAUCGUUCAGCCAGAUACCAACAUACUAGAAAAUCAUCAGCAGAGUGAAAAAGAGGACACAGCUGAAUGCAUUUCACAGAUAUCUACAUCUGUCCCAACAAACCAAGAUGCUGAGGUUCAGGUAGCUAUCCAAGUGCAGAAGAAAUCAGUUGCCACCAGCCCUUUGGCUCCAUUAGAUAACUAUCCUGUAUUUAAAAUUCCUGAUGUCAGAUUACGAGAUCAAGGAGUUGAGAAACCAACAGCAUGUCUGGUGACCCCACCAUCAGUCACUGCUGCAUCUAGAAAAGAUGUUGAGAUGCAGGUAGAUAUAACUGUGCAAUGUAAAUCAGUAGGUACUGGUCCAAUGACUCCAUUAGAGAAGACCCCACUGGCCACUGUCCCUGAGGUUCAUGUGGAGGCAAUGGAAGACGACCAACCAGAGCCAGUGCGUGAUGUCCAGUGGGAUGAAAAGGGUAUGACAUGGGAAGUCUAUGGAGCAUCCAUGGAUGCAGAAGUGCUUGGACUCGCUAUCCAGAAACAUUUGGAAAAGCAAAUAGAGGAGCAUGGCAAACAAAAUACUGAAGGGUGCCCAAAUGAUAAAUCCAGUUCAUUGAAAGGAUCUUUGAGAAAGGAAGAAAACAAGAGAAGGCAAAGCAAUGUUUUUCAAGCAGUUCUACACAACAUCAGAAGUCCACAGUGCUGUACUCGUGGAAGCACUGCAGCAGAAUGAUAUAGGUUAGAUUUGGACCAUUGACUAAAUGAUCAUAAAGCCUGAAAAAGUUUGUUUCUUUGGCACACUUUCUUGUAAAUCCCAAUCUUUUUCAUGUUUUUCCUAGGCAUGUUGAUAAAGCAGCAAAAUUAAUUUGCAUCACAGAUAAAUAAAAGAUUAUAAAUGCACACACAAGUGAAACAUGGAUAUACUUAGAGUAGAUGAUAAUUUAUUUCACUUAUUCUUACUGUAUCUUUCUUCUAUCUUAACUGAUUUUAAAUUUGAACUAUUCAACAGUCAUCUUCUGCAUUUCCUACCAUUGCAACCGUGUGUGUAAUGGUAACAUGUACAUAAGUUCAUUGAUUUAACAAAAAUUAGAUUGAGCGCUAUUUUCUCCCCAUUACAUGAUCUUGCUCAUUGCAGACCAACUUCUAGCAAUAGAAUGGCUGGGAGAAUGGAUCCUUGGCAUCUAUCAUCACUGCUCUGAAAAGUUCCCCAGGGGCUUCAUGACAUUUCUCCAGGAUUCAUGCAGCCUCUCAUUUCCCUGCAGCUGGCCUCAACUGUGGGGAGUCACUAGUCUCAAGUUGGUGCCUCCCUACAGUGAUGUAGUUAUGUUUGGGGAACUCAGGCUAUGUUAUUUAUGGAUGGAAUCCAGCUUCAUACUGGUGGUACCAUUAAUUGGUUUUUAUUGAGUUGCAACACCAUAUUAUCUAAACUUGCUUUUUAAAGUAAAUUUAUUUGGAAAUAGGACUUUCGGAAAUCAUUUUGGUGCUUUUUGUUUUAUUUUUAUACAUAAUGUGUCAUCAGACAAAAAUAUGGCCCUUAUUAAAAAGCAAUGCCACUGCAAAUUUGCUAUAUCCUCUGUGCAGUAGACAAAUUCAUUUUAACCUACACAAAAUAAGGGCUUGCCAAGAAGCAUUUUAAAACUUUAACUGAAAAUAAAAUGAUUUAUUGUAUGUUGCCUUGUUAACAGAACUGAAAUAAUAUGAAACUGAACACUUAAAUAAAAUUGUUCAAUAUAGUUGUAUUAGGGUAUUUUGAGAUCAGUAACUUGUAGAAUCUGAAUAGAAUCCUGUUACUUCUUGGCAAUUAUGUUUCUAUUUUUCUAACUAUUUCUAGCUUUCCAAUGUGGCUGUUAAACUAACUGGAAUGGAUAUAACUUGUCCAUUGAACAAAUACAAAAAAAACCACCCAAAAAUGUAUAGUUACCUCAGUAUGGUUAAUGUCUGAAGUCAUUUUCCUUAUACAAUAUCCUGCUGGCUGUUGUUGAUUGGUACGUGUGGUAGUAUAAUUGUAUACUCAAGGUUUUGUACUUUGUCACUUUACAAUGAUAUAUUAUUAUUGAUCCUUUAGAUUCCCACAAGCAGAAAUCUGAAGGAAAGUGGUUGCUGAAUGUAGUAAUAAGUGUUUGAAUUAAUCCUUUGGGUACUUUUUGUUGGAUGGAUAGAAAUAACCAUUAAAUAUUUUAGUUUACUCCAUCCUCUUAUCAGUAAAGGCAGUAAACUUCCUAUUAUAAUUUGUUUUUCUAUGUGGGGAAUGCUCCUUUUAUUCACUUGAUAUAAUCUAUCUGUAAAACCUUACUGUUUUGUGAGCAAUCUCAAUGCCAGAAUUGGCUUCUUAAAAUAUGUCAAGGUCAAGUUUAUGUUCCAUCAUUAUGAACAUUUUC